GCACUGCCACACACCUCCAUCUCCACCGCUAUUCUCUCCUCUUCCUCUCCAAUUCCCUCUGCUUUUUAGCGAAGUUACAAGUUCCGUUCUUCACUGAAUCUAACAAACACCUUCGUCUUCAAACGUCGGCCCUCACUUCGGCUUUACUUCGGUGGCUACUAGCUCAGAUACUUUGCGGCGAAAAGCUUGUGAAGAAAUGUCUUGCAACCAACCAAAUAAACUAUCACGUACAAAAGAACAAACUUUAAAAGAGCCUCCUUCUGUUAACAUCCAAGAAAAUGCCUCCAAUCAAAUUAGAACUUCAACAUGUUCUUCUAACAAAACAAAACAACUCUUCCCUCCUUUUUAUGCAUUUGAAAAAGGCUCAACAUCCAACACUUGUAAGGCGCAACAAAAUGUCAUUCCUGAGGUCAUUUAUAUCUCGGGCUCAACAUCCAACGCAUGUUCGGAACAACAAAAUGUCACUCCUAAAGUUGCUACAAAGAAAGGUUAGUAUUCAUUUUAUGCGAAAAUAAUUUCUCCUGUUACUUUGCUAGAAUAUUAGGCUACCCUCAGUUUUAACCGUACUUAUAACAUACAGGUUGUACGUUGAGCAAAAAUAUCCAUAAAAAAAUUAAUGAUAAUCGAUCUACUUAUGUGUGUUUAAAAGAUGUUCCCAACUGUAAAUUUUGCAAUGUAAAGAGGUUUCAAUAUGAAUCACCUGGCUUUUGUUGUGGUAAUGGCUCAAUUAAGUUAGUUUCGUACCAACUGCCUGAUGACUUAUUUGAUUUAUAUAUGGGAAAUACUGAAGAAUCUAUACACUUUCGAACUUACAUUAGAACAUAUAAUAAUAUGUUUGCAUUCACCUCGCUUGGCGUAACCUAUGACAAAGCUUUAGCUAAGAGAUACCAUGGCAUAUAUACAUUUCGAGUGCAAGGUCAAAUGUAUCAUUUUAUACCUGAUUUACUUUCCUCCUCUGAAAAACCAAAGAACCUACAACUAUACUUUUAUGAUAAUGAAAGUGAACUGGCUAACAGAAUGGCUUAUUCAACGCAUAUUAGCGAAUCAACAGUGAAAAAACUUAUGACUAUACUUUCAAAAAACCCAUAUUCUAUUUUUAUAAAGUCCUUGAUGAACAUCCCAACAAUAUCUGAUUUCUGUAUCGCACUUAAAUGUCAUUCAGGUUUAGAUCAACGUGUUUAUAAUUUACCAUCUGCAUUUGAAGUAGCUGGAAUAUGGCUUGAACAUGAUUCAACUGAAGUUAAUUCUGUGCCGCAUAUUCGUAUAUACACUCAUAGUAAUAACACUCGCUUAGUAAAUUAUUAUUAUGGUUGUUAUGAUCCUUUACAGUAUCCGUUACUGUUUCCAUAUGGUCAAAACGGAUGGCAUUGUGGUAUAAAAAAAAAUAUUCGACGAAAUCAACCUUACUGUGAACAUGAAGAAUUACCAAGUGUAAAUAAUAUAUGCUCUAUUGAUGGAGUUCUUCAUAUGGAGGCUCAAGUCUUUAAUAAAGGAAAACGAAAAAGAGAUAUGGUUUCUUGUCGUGAAUAUUACUGUUACAAAAUUCAGAUAAGAGAAGAUGAUGAAAAUGGAGUAUUGCAUUGUGGUAGAUUAUUUCAACAAUUUAUAGUUGAUGUUUUCAUAAAAGUUGAAACAAAAAGAUUGGAUUUUGUCUCACUUAAUCAAGACUUAUUCCGAGUAGAUAUAUUACAAGGAAUUAUUGACUUUUUGCGAGUUGGUGAAACAGAGGCUUCCAAAAUUGGCAAAAAAACAUUCCUCCCGGUUACUUUCAUAGGUGGACCAAGAGAUAUGCGGCGUCGAUAUAUGGAUGCUAUCGCCUUAGUACAACACUUUGGAAAACCUGAUCUUUUUGUGACUAUGACGUGCAAUCCAUCUUGGCCAGAAAUAAAACAACAUAUGUUAUCGAUCGAUGAAACUCAAAAUAGACCUGAUUUAGUCUCACGUGUAUUCAGAGCUAAAGUAGAAGAACUAAAAGUAGAUAUUUUAAAAAGACACAUAUUUGGAAAAGUUGCUGCUUUUAUGUAUACUAUAGAAUUUCAAAAACGGGGUCUUCCACAUGCUCAUUUUCUUAUAAUUCUUACUAAUGAAUAUAAAUUGUUAACACCUGAAUCAUAUGAUAAAUUUGUUUGUGCUGAAUUACCUGAUUCUAAUGAACAAUAUCUUUAUUCACGUGUCCUUCAACAUAUGAUACAUGGUCCUUGUGGUGAUAUAAAUCCUACAAAUUCAUGUAUGGGAAAAAAGGGCUUCUGUAAAUUUCAAUAUCCAAAAGACUUUGUUGAACAUACAUCAAAGGGAAAAAAUUCAUAUCCACUUUAUAAGAGACGUAGUACUGGAAAAACUGUAUACAUAAGAAAACAUCAUAUGGACAACUCGUGGGUUGUCCCAUACAACCCAUACUUGCUUUGUAAAUUUGAUUGUCAUUUAAAUGUUGAAGUUUGUUCAGAUAUUAAAGUUGUGAAAUAUAUUUACAAAUAUAUUUGCAAAGGACAUGAUAAAAUUGCAUAUUCUCUACAUGACAAUGCAGAAAUAGACGAAAUAAAAGAAUAUCGAUCUGCAAGAUGGGUUUCGCCACCCGAAGCAGCCUGGCGUUUAUUUGCUUUUCCUAUUAGUGAAAUGACUCCAGCUGUGUAUCAUCUUCAAUUACAUUUAGAAGGACAACAAUUUGUUUCUUUUAAAAGCACCGAAAGCGUCAAUAGAAUCUUAAAUAAUCCAAUGAUAAAAAAAACUAUGUUAACUGAAUUUUUCUAUAUGAAUAGAACAAAUGACCAUGCUCUAAAUAUGAAAUUAUUAUACAAGGAAUUUCCACAACACUUUGUGUGGUCUUCAAGAGAUAAAAUGUGGACACGUCGAAAAAAACGUGAUGUAAUUGGACGUGUUGUCACAUGCCACGUAACUGAAGGGGAAAGAUAUUACCUCAGGCUAUUGUUAAUGAAUGUAAGGGGACCAAAAUCAUAUAAAGAUCUUCUCACUGUUGAUGGAGUACCUUGUAGCACAUUUCGUGAAUCUGCAGAAAAAAGAGGAUUGUUAUAUUGCAACAAUAAUUUAAUUGAAUGUAUGUUAGAGGCUGUCAGUUAUCAAAUGCCAUACAGUUUAAGACGUUUAUUUGCUACAUUAUUAGUAUAUUGCAAUCCUUCUAACCCAAAAGAAUUAUGGGAAAUGUUUGAGGAUUCACUUUCAGAGGACCUCAAAAGUUUCUCCAAUAUUGAACCAAAAAAUGUUCGGUAUAAGGUUUUAAACCAUAUCAAUGAUGUGUUACAUUCUAUGGGGCAUGACAUAAAUGAGUAUAACCUUGUCUUAGAGAAUAUUAGACCUUCUGAAACUACAAAGGACACAAAAGAUAUCCAUUUUGAGAGAAACAUAAUUGUUAAUGAAGAGGACUU